AUGAACUCUGCCAAAUACAUCAAGAACCAUAGAACACAAGCAUGCUAGAUUGAAAGAUUGAAAUCCUGCAGAACUAAUUGUUCAAGGAAAAUAAGGUCUUCAAUAUCACAAAUGAAUUAAAUCCUGCCAUUAUAAGUAAUGAAAACUAUUGAAAACUCCUAUUAAUACAUUGAAUUGUGUAAAGAUUCCCUUUAGUAAUUGAAAACAAAUAAUUGA